AUGAAUCGCUCCCGUACGCGCAAUGAUGUCAUACAGCUGAUGAACGAGCUGCUUGCCGUUUGCCGUGAGAGGAGUAUCAUGCGCAAGAGAACCGAUUCUCGAUACGCAGCUUACCGACCACUCAGUCACCCGGCACAGCGGCGACAGUGGUACAGAGCGACUCACAGAGCGACUCACAGAGCGACUCACAGAGCGUCUCACAGAGAGGUACAAAGAGGUACACAGACACAGACACAAGAGGGACUCACGGAGAGAGAUGCAGACACAGACACAGACACAGACACAGACACAGACACAGACACAGACACAGACACAGACACAGACACAGACACAGACACAGACACAGACACAGACACAGACACAGACACAGACACAGACACAGACACAGACACAGACACAGACACAGACACAGACACAGACACAGACACAGACACAGACACAGACACAGACACAGACACAGACACAGACACAGACACAGACACAGACACAGACACAGACACAGACACAGACACAGACACAGACACAGACACAGACACAGACACAGACACAGACACAGACACAGACACAGGCACAGACACAGGCACAGACACAGACACAGACACAGACACAGACACAGACACAGACACAGACACAGACACAGACACAGACACAGACACAGACACAGACACAGACACGCGGAUGGCCUUGUCCAUCUCGCUUCUUCCAAAUUAG